CCUCAGAGCUCCAGGGAACCUCACAGCCCUGUCUCAGGUUUGCACAAAGCUGUUGCAGGCAGGGCAUGUCCAGGCCCAAAGGUGGCACUCCUCAUUCACAGCAGAAGCCAGCCACCUGCUCCAGGGUUUGCGAGGUGACAUGGGGGCGUGGUCUGGAGGGAAAGUUCCCAGGUUGCAGUCUCCCUGGUGAGUUUGAGCAAGUGACUCAGCCUUCCCCAGCCUGGGCUUUCCAUUCGUCAGGGCGCAGACCACUGGCACUGACUCAGGGGAGUUUGGGGAGUGACUUCAUUUCCCCUUAACUGGGAGGUCCCUCACAUAGACACAGCCCCGAGUGUGUGCUGGGACUCUGCCACGCAUGCAGUGGGCUGGCCUGGCUCCCGGAAGAGCUUCCUGGGGUGGCCUGGGGCUGAUUGGACCCCCUUUACAGUCCAGUGGUUAGCACCCAGGGUCCAGUUCCAGCUUCCUCCUGGCUUUCCUUCCCUCUUAUGGAGUGACAUUUAGGCCAGCGAGUUCACCUGCCUGAGGCUGCCGGAAGUUGCGCAAACUUGGUUACCUGAGCCAGGUUGGCUGGGCUGGAGGAGCGCAGCAGCGGGGAGCAAGGGGAGCAAGAGGUUGCCUGCUUUCUGCCGGACCGAAGCCCUCGGGGUAUGUGACAGCCAUGCCUGUGGACACGCUCAGCCCGGGAGCCCCAGCCGCGCCCGCCCUUCCUUUCCGCUUGCGGCCCAAGGUUCCCGGCUACCUGCUACGGAGGCCGGUGGACGGCGGAGCCCGGAAACCCAGCGCGGUGGAGCGCCUGGAGGCCGACAAGGCCAAGUACGUCAAGAGCCUGCACGUGGCCAACACCCGCCAGGAGCCCGUGCAGCCCCUGCUGUCCAAGCAGCCGCUCUUUAGUCCCGGGACUCGCCGCACAGUGCUCACGCCCAGCCGCCGAGCGCUGCCUGGCCCCUGCCGCCGGCCGCAGCUGGACCUGGACAUCCUCAGCAACCUCAUCGACCUGUGUGACAGCCCCGUGUGCGCCGGGGAGGGCAGCCGGACCCCCGGGCGGGCGGAGGGAGCCGCCCCGGCCCCCCCAGCCACCCCUCCGCGCCCCCCGCCCAGCACGGCUGCCGUGCGCCGCGUGGACGUGCGCCCCCUGCCCGCCGCCUCCCCUGCCCAGCCCUGCCCGUCGCCCGGGACCACCGCCGCCUCCAGCCCCGGCCGGCCGCCGGGACUGCAGCGCUCCAAGUCGGACCUGAGCGAGCGCUUCUCCAGGGCCGCCGCCGACCUCGAGCGCUUUUUUAACUACUGCGGCCUGGACCCCGAGGAGGCCCGGGGCCUGGGGGUGGCGCACCUGGCGCGGGCCAGCUCGGACAUCGUGUCCCUGGCGGGGCCCAGUGCCGGGCCCGGCAGCUCCGAGGGGGGAUGCUCCCGCCGCAGCUCGGCCACGGUGGAGGAGCGCGCCCGGGAUCGCGUCCCCUACGGCGUGUCGGUGAUCGAGAGGAAUGCCCGCGUGAUCAAGUGGCUGUACGGCCUCCGGCAGGCCCGCGAGACCCCGGCCGCGGAGGGGUAGGCCCCCACGGGGGCCGGGACCCGCGCAGGACAGAGCGUGGAGGGCAUUUGGGCCCUGGACUUGUGCAUCCACUUCCUGUCUCUGGGCAGACCGGAGGCAGCUCCCUGGUGUGAACCCCGUGGCGCAAC